AUCCAUAGUCUUCCUCACUCACUCCUGUGGAUGGUACACACCGCAUGGCAUCACAUGGGGGAGACAAAUCCUUACUUACAAAGCGGGUGGCGGUCUCUGAUCUGUCGUCACCCGGGUGACGGGCUACUUGCAGUGACCACCCAGUCUUUGUCACACCCGCCCUAGGGUACAACCCUCGUCACCGAUGAGGUCACUGGACAGGCUGAUGUAAUGUUAUCGCAUCCUGUAGAGUGUAGACCGUGGCGGGUUCUCACUGUCUUUAUUUCUGUAGCUUCAUCUCAUUUGUUCGACAACCUAUUUUUUCAAGUCUUCAUUUUACUUUUUUCUGCACUUUGUUUACCUUCCAUCUUUCAUGCUGGUUUUUUUUUUUGUUUUUUUUUUUUUUUUUUAAAAUUGACUUUCGUGGGAGAGGGUGGUUUACGUUUAUUUACUAUCUUGGGUUUAUCUUCAAAAUCCUUCUCUUGUUUUGUUUUCAAUGAUGGUACUGGGGCGACUUUCUUUACAUGGACAUUGUCGAAGAGAACUCUAUCACAGCUGUUUGUUAAACAUUUAUUUAUGUCGUGUAAAAACAUAUUUACACACCAUGUAAAUACAUUCGUACAUAACAGUUAAUGGAGGCUUAUCAGCACAAAGUGACAAAAAGACUACAGGGUCUCGUCUUCAGGAUUCAAACACCGAUAGCCAGCUGUUAGCGAUAACACCACCAGCGUCUGCCAACGCUCCGGCAGAAGGUCUCAUGCUUCAAGUCGAGUUCUUGUAGACACCGUAGCCAGACAUGACCCGGCGCGUGAUAACACACCUGUACACACCUGUUGCUUCCGAAAACUCUCCGGUUUGGUUCUCAAGCACCGACUCCUGUUGUAAAGAGCUGGCGGCGGAAACAAGCGGUCAGCCCGAGUUCUGACCUUUUUUUUUUUUAACGAAUAAACUCCACCCUCAGGCCUUUCUCAGAUAACAACAGACGGCAUCAAAGUGCGCCGCAGCAGACGAGUUUUGUGUUGAAACAAGUCAAGGGGACAUAAUGGAAGAAGAACAACGUCCAACCGUGACGUCACAAGAGAACAUCACCGUCGUCGAGAAGUUUGACGGUUCAGUGAAGCUGCGGUUGCUGGACGCUGCGCUAUGGCAUUCCUUUCAUCAGGAGGGCACAGAAAUGAUCAUCACCAAGGCUGGCAGACGGAUGUUCCCCUUCGUGAUGGUGACUCUGGAGGGGCUGAGCCCCACCCUGCUGUACUCGGUGCACCUGCAGGUCGUGCCGUGCGACAACCGCCAGUACAAGUUCUGUCAGCGGCGCUGGGUCAGCGUGACCGACGCACCCACCGGUCCCGCACCCAUCCCGGGUACCACCUACCUCCAUCCCGCCUCACCCAACCGCGGCUCCUUCUGGUGCCAGGAGAUGGUGUCCUUCGCCAAACUCAAGAUCACCAACAACAAACAUUCGCAAGGGAACAUCGUCCUGCAGUCCAUGCGCAAGUACAUGGUGCAGAUCAUCGUGCGCGAAGACCUCAGUGACGUUCAGUACGUGUUUCCGCUUCCGGAGACGGUGUUCGUGGCCGUCACACAGUAUCAGAACGAGAACAUCACCCGGAUGAAGAUCACUCACAACCCUUUCGCUAACGGCUUCAAGUACGCACACGUCACCGGGAAUGAAGAUGCCAACACAAACGGACCUCGAUCAGAUGUCACGAAAUCGAAGGACACCAAACAUAAAAGCAGCUCUGCGUCUGGCACGAAAUCCUCGACCAAAACAGCUCGAGCCAAGGCAACGGUUACUCCUCAAACACUCUCCUCCACGGCACUUGUGUCCCCUGUUCUUGACACUCCUGCUGUCAAACUUGAGGACUGCACCCCUGAUACCCGCCUGUCCAGUCCGCCACCUUACGACUCAACCCAGAUAGAACAGACAGAAAACUCCGAGGACAGAGAUUCGACCCCUUCAAUGACAACAACCGCACAGUUCAGGUUCCAGCACAGUGACCGUUAUUCCGAAGAAAGAAAAUCCCCGGCUUCAUGGUCCAGAAGUCAGGGAAGAAAAGUGAAGAAUGAAGACGAUGAUGAUACGUGCGAUGUCGAAGAUCGCGAACUUAAAAUGCAAACUGACCCUCACAAGACAUCAUCGAAGUCGCCAUCAUCGGUGUCCAAGGCAGGCGACGAGGAGUCGACACAACACCUUGAGAAUAACAAUGGAAAGACAAUUGCGGGCGACAUGUUCACUCAUUUGGACCAGUCGUCCACAGUGUCGCCCCCACUAUCGCUUGCAGGAGAGACUGAGAGAGAUGUCUUCAAACCUCCAGCCAUGCGUAAAGCGAACCCCCGCAAAAGGUCAACAAACAAACGGUCGCCUGGACUUCCUGCGUCCACAACCUCGGACAUGGAGUGGUGCAAGAGUCCAGUGUCAUCUUGUAAUCUGGACCUCCCAGAUGACUGCGUGGUGAAGUUCGACCAUGGAGUGCAGCUGCUCCUCCACGACUGCGGCCUGUGGAAAAGCUUCCAGGCACGUGGUCAGGAGCUCAGCAUCGGGAAAGAUGGCAGGCACAUGUUCCCUGUCAUAACCAUUUCCCUUCGUGGUCUGGACCCUGCCCGGAUGUACUCAGUGUGGCUCAACCUGACAACAGCAGACGAUAUUUUCUCCAACAUUCAAAGCGGGACAUUGAACUCAGUGUUUGCCCUUCAUCGAACCCCUACCACCGUGCAGCCCUAUAUGCACCCCUUCUCUCCGAUGCCUGGCUUGGCGUGGAUGAAAGACAGGAUCGCCUUCAGCGAGGUCCGGGUGACCCUAGACUCGACUCUGGAUGAUUCUUCUUCGCUGAAGCUGCUCCGCAACCGCCGCUACCAGCCGCAGAUCCUGGUGCGGGAGGAGGAGGAGGUCGCUGUCGGUGGUUUCGGCAGCUCCGGGGACCUUCUGUUCUUCCCCUUGUCGGAAACCACCUUCAUCGCUGCUUCUCAAGCCCCAAGUCCCCAGCCGGAGGUCCGGAAAGCCAAGAAAAGGGUCAGCACCUUGACCAGCACUACCGUCAAGAAAGAAUGUCCAGAAAGGUUGCCAGACCCGGUGACUUACCCUCUGCAGUUCGCGGCGCCUGACCUCAGGACGUUGCCAUGGAAUCCUGCGUUUAUGAGCCGCACACCUGAGCCAACUCAUCGCUUGAACAACCUGUUGUGCAUGCCUGCCAUGCCACAGCUCCAUCCUGCGCACCUGGGCCUGCCAACCAAUCGCCUGCCGCCAUCAUCCCCUGUACAGCCCAUGACGUCAUAUCCUCUACAGUCGCUGUUACAUCAGUUUCGCUCACCCUUGCACGCGGCGUAUGGACUUGCCUUGCCCGCCAUCAACCCUCUGCCAUUCCUGUACUACCCCUAUUCCAUGAGUUCCCUAAGCUCCCUUUCUCCUACAGAGUCCCCUAAAGUCCUCGAUCUUUCCUCACAGACGGGUCAAGGAAACAGAUAAUGGACUGAAGUGAGGCUACCUGAUACAUUCCAUGUUGCCACUGUACAGAAUUAGUCCUGUAUCUUAGUCUGUCAUGAAUAAACACUCUUCAUAAAUCCUGAUAACAAACUACCUGCAAUGAUUAUGAAGUGCUCAUGUAAAUAUUUCUCGGAAUUUGUCAAGUAAGGUAACUUCACAUUCUGAUUGCUGUAUAUUGUUCUAUAAUCAAGUAUCUUUGUAUGACAUUAUUUCAAUAAACCAAU